AUGAAUCUAAGCGAGAGCCCAACCACUCGCCACAACCUCUCUCGCCAAUCAUCCAAGUCCAAGAGUGGUGGAUGCUGUCGAGGCUUCAGCAGCGUUAGGACCGUCUCAUCCACCGCACCAACCUUGCAACACCAUCAUCUUCAGCAGCUUUACCAAAAAUUGGAACUAAAGGUGGCAGGUUUGGAAAAAGAGGUGCAGAGGCAGACAGAACUGCGCGUUAUGUAUAGGAAAAGAAUGGAAAAGACGCAGGAUUACUUGAAAUACUGUCUCCAAAUCGCACAGGAAAAUGGAAUCUUGGACCUCAUUAUCCACUCCAACGGUGAACUCUCGCAAUCUUCCAUUUCUUCUCCACGUGAACUCAACUCCACCCCCACACCAUCGCACAACCAUCCCAAUCUAAUACCCAUCGUUGAUCAAGCCAAAAUCAAUGGAUGGUUCAUCAACCCCGGUGAGAUUCGUCUGGGAGAAAAAAUAGGGCAGGGAACCACGGCGGAGAUUCACAGAGGGACGUGGCGCGGAUGUGAUGUGGCGGUGAAGUGCAUGUCAGAUUCAUUCUUCGGCAAAAACGAAAACGGUGUCGUGUUCUUCGCUCAGGAGGUUGAAACCCUCUCGAAACAGCGUCACCGGUUUGUGCUUCACCUCAUGGGUGCGUGUCUCGACCCUCCGCGUCAUGCAUGGGUGGUUACCGAGUAUCUGAACACCACGCUCAAGGAGUGGCUACAUGGGCCGGGGAAAAGGCCCAAACACCGAACAACGCCACUCCCUCCCUUCAAAGAGAGGGUGAUACGGGCCCUGGAAAUAGCCCAAGCCAUGCAGUACCUCCACGAACAAAAGCCCAAGGUCAUUCAUCGUGACUUGAAGCCCAGCAACAUCUUCCUGGACGAUGCGUUGCAUGUGAGAGUGGCGGAUUUUGGUCACGCGCGGUUCUUGGACGAUGACGAAAUGGCCCUCACCGGAGAAACAGGAACAUACGUGUAUAUGGCACCGGAGGUAAUUCGGUGCGAGCCCUACGAUGAAAAAUGUGAUGUAUACAGUUUUGGGAUCAUUCUCAACGAGUUACUUACUGGAAACUACCCUUAUAUAGAGACACAACUUGGUCCCGCCAAGAUUGCUAUGGAAGUUGUGGAGGAUGAGCUAAGGCCUUUAGUUGCAUCAAAGGACGAUGGUGAGGAACUGGAAGAAUUGAUUGACCUAAUAUGCCUUUGCUGGAAUGCAAGCCCAUCCACUCGACCAUCAUUCGCAACAAUUACUCAUACCCUCAAAUCUUAUGUCGAAAGGGUCCUUCUAAUUUCAAAUUAA